AUGUACAAGGUCCAUAACCCCUACCUCACGGCGGCGGUAGCCACCAUGGGCGGAAUGCUCUUUGGUUUCGAUAUCUCGUCCGUGUCGGCCUUUGUGGGCGAAGAUAACUACAUGAACUACUUUGGUCAUCCCACCUCCUUCCAGCAGGGAGGUAUCACCGCCUCCAUGGCCGGAGGAUCCAUGCUGUCGUGUGCGUUUGCCGGCUACAUUUCCGACCGGGUUGGCCGAAAGCCCACCAUUCAAUUUGCCGCCGCCUGGUGGAUGGUUGGCGCCUCCAUUCAAUGCUCUGCCCAGAAUAUGGGCCAACUGAUUGCCGGCCGGGCCAUUUCCGGGCUUGGAAUCGGCCUCGGCUCGUCCCAGAUCCCCGUCUUCAUCUCCGAGUUGUCCCCCAAGAAGAUCCGAGGCCGGCUCGUCGGCUGCUUCCAAUGGUCCGUUACCUGGGGUAUUCUCAUCAUGUUCUACAUUUCGUUCGGCUGCUCAUACAUCAAGGGCCACUCGUCCUUCCGACUGGCGUGGGGCAUCCAGCUGAUUCCAGGAGCCAUGUUGGCGUUCGGAAUGAUGCUGCUGGACGAAUCGCCGCGAUGGCUGGCGUCCAAAGACCGCUGGGAAGAGGCCAUCCAGAUCAUCCGCUCCAUCAAUGCCAACUACGGAUCCGAGGAGGACAUUCUCAUGGAAAUCGAAGAUCUGCGAGAGGUGGUGCGAAUCGACCACGAGUCCAAGUCGGUCACCAUCUGGGACCUGUUCCGAAAAGACUCCAUCAACCGAACCAUGGUCGGAGUGUGGGCCCAGAUCUGGCAACAACUGACUGGAAUGAACAUCAUGAUGUACUACGUGGUCAUCAUCUUCAAAAUGGCCGGCUACUCGGGCAAAAGUGCCGUCAUUGUCUCCGGCUCCAUCCAGUACAUCAUCAACGUGGUCAUGACCAUCCCGGCGCUGCUUUUCAUUGAUAAAAUCGGACGAAGACCCCUGCUCCUCUGUGGAAGCAUGCUCAUGGCCACCUGGCUGCUAGCUGUCGGAGGAAUGCUAGGAGCCUACGGAAUCCAAAUGCCCCAAGGUCUACCGGCAGUACCCUCCAAAAACCAGGCAGCGGACCCCUACACCACCAUCUACAUUCCCGACAACCAGGCGCCGGCCCGAAAGGCCAUUAUCGCCUGUUGCUAUCUGUUUGUCGCCUCUUUUGCACCCACCUGGGGCCCCGGCAUCUGGCUCUACUGCUCCGAGAUCUUCCCCAACAAACAACGAGCGCUGGCCAACUCGCUGACCGCCGGCGCCAACUGGGGCUUCAACUUUGCCCUGGCCCUGUUUGUGCCCACCGCCUUCAAGAACAUCAACUGGAAGGUGUACAUCAUCUUCGGUGUCUUCUGCAUCGUCAUGUCCAUCCACGUCUUCCUGCUCUUCCCCGAAACCAAGGGCAAGAGUCUGGAGGUGAUUGACCAGAUGUGGGACGCCCGCGUGCCCGCUUGGAAAACCGCCUCCUGGGUCCCCGACCACAUGCCUUCUCAUUACGCAGGGGACCAGGAGGAAAAGCCCACCGACGAACUGGCCGAGGCGCCGUUUCACGAGGAGAAUGCCCCGGUGAACACCGAGACCCCUCCUCAUGAGGAUGAGCCCACUUUUGCGGAGACCGAGCCCAAGACCCAGUAUCCUGGAACUGAGCAUGUCUAA